UCUUGUUAUUUGCUGAGAACCUCACCAGACACUUUGGCAACUUUUGGGAUCUCAAACACCUAAUCUAAUCUUCAUGGGCUUAAGCUGCUAUGCCAUCUUAUUUCUUGGCCUAGUUCCGGCUCUUAUGUGCCAAGUUACAGAGUUUGUCAGUAUAGACUGUGGAGGCACAAAGAAUUACACUGACCUUAACACAGGCCUAGAAUGGAUUUCGGAUACUGGAUUUAUUAACCAUGGAAAAUCAGUCAGGCUGGAGAAUCCAGAUGCAACUUCAUCACAGUAUCAAACACGAAGAGACUUUCCUAUCGACGACAAGAAGUACUGCUACACUCUGAGAACCGAAGAGAGGAGGAGGUACCUUGUCAGAGCAACAUUUCUAUAUGGAAACUCUGCAGAGAACACGUAUCCGAAGUUUUGGCUUUACUUGGAUGCAACCAAAUGGUCAACUGUGACUAUUAUGGAUGCCUCAAAGGUACAUGUUAAAGAAAUGAUCAUCAGGGCUCCUUCAAGUUCAAUUGAUGUCUGCCUCUGUCAUGCAACAACAGGUUCUCCGUUUAUUUCCACUCUUGAGCUGCGCCCUUUAAAUCUUUCAAUGUAUGCCACAGAGUUUGAGGAUGAUUUUUACCUAAAGGUGGCAGCAAGAGUCAAUUUUGGGGCUGCAAGUGUUCAGGCCAUACGGUAUCCGGAUGAUCCAUAUGAUCGCAUAUGGAGUUCUGAUCUUGAAAAGAGGCAAAAUUUUCUUGUGGGAGUGGCACCGGGUACCAGAAGAAUCAACACGACAAAGUACAUAAACACAAACACUAGAGAGUAUCCACCAAACAAAGUAAUGCAAACUGCAGUUGUUGGCACCAGAGGCAGGCUUACUUAUAGACUAAACCUCGAAGAUUUCCCUGCCAAUGCUCGAGCUUAUGCAUACUUUGCUGAAAUUGAAGACUUGGGUACUUUGGACAGUAGGAAAUUUAGAAUAGAGCAACCUUACAUGCCUGACUACUACAAUGCUGUAGUUAAUAUUGCUGAAAAUGCCAACGGAAGCUACACUUUAUAUGAACCAAGCUUCAUGAAUGCAACACUUGAUUUUGUAUUAUCGUUCUCUUUUGUCAAGACACAGGAUUCUACUCGAGGACCACUCCUAAAUGCAAUUGAAAUAAGCAAAUAUGUGCAGAUUGCCAAGAAGACAAAUAUGCAGGAUGUAAAUAUUCUCAACUCACUCCGAGCCAAGUCUAAAGACAGUAAUUGGGUGGAUGAAGAUGGCGGAGAUCCUUGUCUCCCUACACCGUGGGAAUGGGUGACCUGCAGCUCUGAUAUACAACCAAGAAUCACAAAAAUUGCACUGUCAGGAAAGGAUGUCGAAGGUAACAUCCCGCCUGAGCUCAAUAACAUGGAUGGAUUGAUUGAGUUGUGGUUAGAUGGGAACUCCUUUCAGGGUCCAAUCCCUGACAUUAGUAACCUCAUUAAUCUACAAGUAUUGCAUCUAGAGAACAACAAACUGACGGGUCCAUUACCGCCUUAUCUGGGUAGUUUGCCAAGCUUAAGAGAAUUGUACGUCGAUAAUAAUUCUUUGACAGGAGAUAUCCCUUCAGCACUGUUAAAGGGAAAAGUGAAACUUGGAUAUGAAGGUAAUCCCGGUCUAAGAAAUGUGACUAAGCAUAAAAGAAAUCGCAGAGUAAUUGUUGGAGUUGCCAUUGGAGUGCUAGCAAUUCUUCUACUUUUGUUAAUAGGAAGCUUGCUGCUUCUGUGUCGUCUUCAGAAGAAGAGAUCUCACCAAAAUAAUGCAAAAAGUGAUAGCCUGCGUACUAGUACUAAGAGAUCCUCUGCAUUUUCAAUAGCACGAGGGGGGAGCUUAAUGGAAGAAGGAGUUGCAUACCAUAUAACAUUCUGCGAGAUAGAAGAAGCUACUAAAAACUUUUCCAAGCAAAUUGGUAAAGGAAGUUUCGGACCUGUGUAUUAUGGGAAAAUGAAAGAUGGCAAAGAAAUUGCAGUUAAAAUUAUGGCUGAUUCUUCUAGUCAUGGAACCCGACAAUUUGUUACUGAGAUUGCUCUCUUGUCAAGAAUCCACCACAGAAAUUUGGUUCCUUUAAUUGGAUAUUGUGAAGAAGAAAAUCAGAGUAUGCUAGUUUAUGAAUACAUGCACAAUGGAACUUUGCGAGAUCACAUGCAUGAUUCUUCCAACCAGAAGCAGUUAGACUGGCUAGCUCGACUCCGGAUUGCUGAAGAUGCAGCUAAAGGCCUCGAAUACUUGCACUCUGGAUGCAACCCAAGUAUCAUUCACCGCGAUGUAAAGACAAGUAAUAUUCUCCUAGAUAUUAACAUGAGAGCAAAAGUAUCUGAUUUUGGACUAUCAAGGCAAACUGAAGAAGAUCAAACUCAUAUAUCAAGUGUAGCUCAAGGAACCGUCGGAUACCUUGAUCCAGGGUACUACGCAAACCAUCAAUUAACCGAAAAAAGUGAUAUUUAUAGCUUCGGAGUUGUUCUGUUAGAACUGAUCUCAGGAAGAAAACCUAUAUCAGCAGAAGAAUUUGGCCUUGACUGGAGCAUUGUUCACUGGGCAAGGUCCAUGAUCCGAAAAGGAGACAUAAUAAGCAUCAUAGACCCUUCCCUAGCAGAAAAGGUCAAAAUUGAAUCCAUAUGGAGGGUUGCAGAAGUAGCAAUACAAUGUGUCGAACAACACUCAUCUUCGCGGCCUAGAAUGCAAGAAAUCAUUCUGGCUAUACAGGAUGCAAUCAAAAUUGAGAAAGGCUGUGACAAAAUAACCUCAGGAACUUCAAAAUCAGAAUCAUCGCGCAGAACAUUACUGACUAGCUUUCUUGACGACAUCGAUAGCCCAGAAUUAUCCGACGAAUCUCUAGCUCCAUCUGCAAGAUAAAAAUUCUUCUGCUACUACUAACUUUUCUUCAGUAUGUAAUUUUGUCUAAAUUUUUUGUAACACUUGUAGAUGAUAUGCCUGGACCAAGGCACUCCACAAACACAACAUAGUGUACCCGGACAUCUCGAAAUUUAAAUACUCAUGCACACUCUCGAAACUUAUUUACAAACUUA